AUGGUUGUUGCCGAAUUGGUUGAUCCUAACACGACAAUUGAUCUUUACAAGGGUCUUCAUUUCCCUGCAUCUGAUAUCCCUGCGCAAGCCCGAGAACUAUACAAAAUCGACAAGGUCCGGCUCUUAUAUGAUCGCGACCAAGUUACUUCUCGACUUGUUUGUCGGACGUUGGAGGAUCUGGGAUCCCCGUUGGACAUGACUCACGCCUACAUUCGCGCGAUGUCACCAAUUCACCUCAAAUAUUGGCACACAUCAAGGCCGGUCUCCAAUGUCAAUAACCGUCAGCUCAUUCAACGAUUUAUGGGGGUUGAUCUCCUGCCACAGCUACGGAAAUGCUGGUAUGCGCGUGUCAUUCCCGAUACGCAAAAUGUGCCGGCUCCUCGAAAACGAAUCAACACUGCCCCAACCGAGACCAACCCAUCAGGCUACAUUAUCGCAUCUUCCGAUGAUUUGCUGCAACUAUUUGAUGCAGAUUACGGUGUUUGGUCAAUUCGACAUAAAGACAACAUUCUCGGCGAUAACAAUAACUCACAGGAAGUACUUGCAUUGCUGGAGUUCUUUCGCAUACGGCAUUUGGGCUCAGUGCUUGCCUCGCGCGACAUCGUCAAGGAUUUCCAUGAUUUUCAUUACUCUCAGGGAUUGAAGGUGAUCUCUGGUCUACUAUACGUCCCGGUCUCUACUGGUCGUAGUGACUUCAUUGCAUUCUUUCGCCGUGGACAACUCACAGAGAUCAAGUGGGCUGGCGAUCCUUACGAAAUUGAAAAGCGAAAGCAAACCGCGGGAUAA